AUGGUGCAUGAGAUCAUCAACAAGCCCUCUUCUUAUAAAGAACCAUCUCUCACGGUGCUCACUGAUCACACAGAUGUGAUGUCAUCUGAACACGUGACGCUGUUGAGGAGACCCCUACCCCCUAUCAAGACAACACACUCCUGCAGAACACUUCCUGUGCCCAAAACUGCAGGAUGUGAUGAUUUCAGCGAGCGAACAUUUCAUGAGGAUUUUGACCCUCGAGCGCGUCGUGUUGCUCCAAUCACUCGACCUGCGAUCAUGAACGGUUUCCCGCGGCAACAUCAGCGUACAGCAGCUAAAGUCACACUACUGCACGACCCCUGCCGACCCCCACCCCUCUUCUGCCUCAAUGACUUCCUGCGGGUCGGCCAAUCAGAGGAGGAGUUGAGGAGGACGGUGCUGUCGCGCUGUAACUACAAGAAGCUGGUGGAUUUGUUCCUGUUGGAGCUGCACAGAGGACGGCAGAGCGAAGUAACCAAUCAGAUCCUGAGCUGUGAGGGGUUCCCGCCCAUCAAACACACAACCCCAUACAGACAGAUCAUAUGUGGAAUGGAUGAUUUCUUUGUGGAACUCACAUUUCUCAGCUUUGGCAUAUUGUUGAUGCUGGAUGAGGUGUUGAAGGACUUGGCGUACCUGCUGAACGUGUUCUUCGAGUGUGGAGAAAUAGAUCAGGGAAACGGUAACCGAGGACUCACCCCAGAAAUGCUGGCUGACGCGGAACUGGAACUGGUUGCUUCGGUGAGCGUGGAUGGUGUAGUUGUUUAUGUGGGCCGUAGAGACUGCACCAAUUCCUCGGCUAGAGAGGUGGUGAAGUCUUCUGUAACACGGAGGAGGCUUGGAAACUUUGAGUUAGCGGCGAGGAUUCAGUUGGAAGCACAAGCCCAAACAUCUUUCAGGAGGAAUUCUGGGAUUCGUGGACUCUCUGGAUCUCAGCAGGAUACAUCUGUGGACCAGCUGUGGAUGUCAACAGAGACACACACUGUACAAUCAUACACAGCUCAUGAGGUUCUUCUGAACUCUGUGACGAGUUCACACUUCCAGGGUUCUCGCCGCACACGCUCACCGUUCCGUGGUGGAGGAGAGUGUGAUAUCAUCAGCCCGUCUGAGCUCGCCGUUCUCGACUGUCUCACACGAGGUGGUCUGAGUCUCAGCUUCAAGGCUCAUUUCCUCUCAGAUCUUCCUGAUGUUUCUCCAGUGACUGCGAGUCUUCAGUAUCUAAACGUGUCAUUCAAUGAUCUGACACGUGUCCCUCUGGAGGUGUGCGGUCUGACUGAGCUGCAGGUGUUGAAGAUGAGAGAUAAUCCAAUACAACAGAUUUCUGAUCAAAUCAACAAACUCCACAAACUCAAGACACUCGUCAUCUCAUUCUGCAAACUAACACACCUGCCAAAAGAGUUGUAUUCUCUUCAGUGUCUACAGUAUCUGGAUGUGUCUUAUAAUCUCAUCACAUCACUCAGCAGUGACAUCAGUAAUCUCAGGUCUUUGAGGUCUCUGAAUGUUGAAGGGAAUCAGUUAGUGGCUGUUCCCGCUGCGCUGCUGUGUGUGUCGCUGUCUGAACUCAAACUGUGUGGAAACUUCACACAUACGUUACUGUGGGACGAGAACAGUCGCAACUCUCCACAGACUCUCCUGCACAUGGCAACACACACACUCGCACACACACACACUGAGCGACGAUACAACAGCCUGCCACACGCCGCACAGACCCAACUGAACCGAGCCGGUGUGUGUGACGGCUGUAAGGGACUGAUGUUCGGUCCAGGACUCAAACUCAUUCGAGCGGUUCACGGCACGUUUGGACUUCAGUUUGUUCCUGUCAUGUUCUUCUGCUGUUCUCCAUCCUGCCUCAAGAGCUUCAGGAGUCAAACACACAAGCUGACUGAAGACUGACAACAACAUACUGAUGAUGAAGUCACGUCCCACUAGACCAGUGAAAUGACAUGACGCCUGCAGUCCUCACAAAGAGCAGUGUUUAGCCAGUUAAAUAUUUCAGAGCAGAGAAAACUAGUCAAAACAGUCUUUGACUUGUCUAAAAGUUGGAAGUAUGAUGGUUAUACACCUUAUUCCAACACCCCGUGAUGCUUUGCGUGAAAUGUGGGAGGUACUUCCGCUAAGAAGUAAACACAGUUGUAGUUGCAUCAUACAUUCAUUUUUAUCUUGCGGUGUUGCAGUUUGACGGAGCUUAAUAAGGACAGUAUACAGAUAGCCGUUCCAUCUUUAAUAGAGGUUUGGGAGGACGAUUUAAAGAAGUGGCCUCAGGAUGUAUGUAGAGCCACGAACUGCACAUGUUAUCCCUGAGCUCUGCAAGGACAUUGUAACAUGUUCUAGCUGAAACGACUUGAGCAGAACAUAACACAAUACUCACGAAGAACUUGUUUAUAGCUGGUAUUUGUUUUGUUCAAUGAUUUAAAA